AUGAAUUGGUAUCGUCAAUGGGAUGGUACUGUCAAUUCAUUGAAUCAAGAGUCAAAACGUGGUCGAGCUCGUAUAAUGACACAACAAGAAGUUAAAGAUUACAUUUUAGAAUUUGUCAAAUCAAUGAAUAAUAAACGUGUAUAUGUUGAUUAUCAGAUGGUUCAAACACAUAUUAAAUUUGUACUAAAACGAGAGGUACCAAUUCGUACAAUCAGACGAUAUGGUAAAGAAAGUGGUAUAAAAUGGAAAAAAACUCGUGGAAUAACAUUACGGGACGCUGAUAAGAUUUUUUGGUACAAUAUUGGUCAAUUUCGAAGUUCAUUACAACGAAUUGCUAAUGAUCGAUUAAUAUUUAUUGAUGAAACAGCUGUUUAUUUUAUUAUGAUUCCUCGUAAAACUCUUGUUGCUUCUGGUCAACAACCGUUAAUUCUAGUUACACAACCUUCAGUAUAUGCCAAACGAUAUGAUUUUAUUGGUGCUAUUAAUGGAUCUCAAUCGAAUGCUUGUAGGACACUGACCUCUGAAGAUCGCAAUUAUCGGAGAAUUAAAGGUGUCAGACAAGCGGUAAUAAAUCAAUGGAUUACUGAUACAUUAGCGUCAGCAAUCAAUCGAUUACAUAUCGACAAUAUUUAUUUGAUUUGUGAUCAAACUCGUGCUCAUAAUGAAGUGGAUAUGAUUGAAGUAUUACGAGCUGGUAAAUGUGAAUCAGUUAAAGAAAUUCUACAUAUGCCAACAGCGUCCGCAAAAUAUGUAUCACCAUUGGAUAAUCUACUGUGGCACUCAUUUAAAAAAGUUAUUCGAAAUCGACAUCCAUUAUCUACAACUGAUAUACCACCUUUACUACUUUCAGAAAGUUUCUAUUCGUUAUCAAAACAAGAAAUUGAAAAUGCUUAUCGCAAGUGUGGCUUGGUAUAUGGAACUGAUGAACAUUAUGAUAGACCUUAA